CUCGAUACUGUGCUGAAACGCGGAACUCACAAACGCGGGCAUUGCGACACGUCAGCCGAAAGCGGCGGAACCGUUAGUGUGUUGCACACAGCCGAAAACCGCUUCCGCGUUCGGACAGACUGAAACCAACACCGCUGGGCCUGUCUCUAAAAAAAAGCUGCUUUGAUGCCCGGUGAGGAGAAAUGGAGCUUUCCGAGACUAUAACCCGCAUGAACGGGCGCCAGAGGAAGUCCGCGGCGACAACCGCGGACGCGACCGACCGGGAAAUGCUGGACGAGGAAGAGGCGCUGGUCCCCGACUCGGACGACGGGGACAGAUGCCCUAAAGAGCACCGAGGCAUUCGAGGAGAACUGGGCAACGUGUGUCUGCUCCUCUUUCUCUACGUCCUCCAGGGGAUCCCUUUAGGACUGGCGGGCAGCAUUCCUCUCAUCAUGCAGAGUAAAAACGUCAGCUAUAAAGACCAGGCCUUCUUCAGCUUCGUCUUCUGGCCGUUCAGUUUGAAGCUGCUCUGGGCUCCGCUGGUGGACUCGCUCUAUAUUAAACGCUUCGGACGCAGGAAGUCGUGGCUCGUUCCCACUCAGUACCUUCUCGGGUUCUUCAUGCUGGGUCUGUCGUUCAUUGUGGAGUCUCUCCUGCAGUCUAACGGACCCAGGGGCCCGGAUGUGAUCACCCUCACUGUCAUCUUCUUCCUGCUGGCUUUUCUGGCGGCCACGCAGGACAUCGCGGUGGACGGCUGGGCGCUCACCAUGCUGUCCAGAGAGAACGUAGGAUAUGCUUCUACUUGUAACUCCGUAGGUCAGACAGCCGGCUACUUCCUGGGGAACGUCCUGUUUCUGGCGCUGGAGUCGGCCGAUUUCUGCAACAAGUACCUGAGGUUUAAGCCACAGGAUCAGGGCAUCGUCACACUCUCAGACUUCCUGUUUUUCUGGGGCAUUGUAUUCUUGGUGUCCACCACCCUAGUAGCCGUCCUGAAGUCAGAGAACAGCAGACAGCAGCGCUCCAGGCGCAGACCGAAGGAGGAGACGCAGGGCGUAGUGGAGACCUACAAGCUCCUGUUCUCCAUCAUCAAAUUGCCAGCCGUGUUCACCUUCUGCUGCCUGCUGCUCACUUCAAAGAUGGGGUUUUCGGCAGCAGACGCAGUGACUGGCCUGAAGAUGGUUGAAGCCGGAGUGCCAAAAGCUGAGCUGGCUCUUCUGGCUGUUCCUAUGGUACCUCUGCAGAUCCUGCUGCCUCUCAUCAUCAGCAAAUACACAGCCGGGUCUCGACCGCUCGACAUCUUCUAUAAAGCCUUUCCUUUCAGGUUGCUGAUUGGGUUGGAGUACGCACUCCUAGUGUGGUGGACCCCGAGCGUGAAGCAGGAGGAUGGAUUUCCUGUGUAUUACUAUGCCGUGGUGCUACUCAGCUAUGCUCUGCAUCAGGUGGCGCUCUACAGCAUGUUUGUGGCCUGCAUGGCGUUCCAUGCCAAAGUGAGCGACCCGGUGAUUGGAGGCACGUACAUGACCCUGCUGAACACAGUGACCAAUCUGGGGGGGAACUGGCCCUCCACACUCGCCCUGUGGCUGGUCGACCCGCUCACCUCCAAACUGUGCCAGGGGGCAGAGGGGCAGACGUGCGGCUCAGCCGAAGAGGCAGCGCUGUGUGUGAAGGAAGGCGGAGUGUGUGUGACGGCUCUGGACGGUUACUACGUGGAGUCGCUGGUCUGCGUGCUGAUCGGACUCGCGUGGUGGGUUUUCUUCGGAAAGAAAAUGAAGCGGUUACAGGAAGAGAGUCCGGAGGCGUGGCAGUGCAGAAUACGCAAAUAACACGAGGGAGCCGCGCUGAGCUGCUCGGAGCGGAGCUGUAGGAGAGCACUUAGACUCGUCUGAGUCGCAGAUCACUGACGGACCGCUGCUCAAUUUGACUUUCUGUUUAACGUUUAAUUUUUAUGAUGUGAUGUCCUCUAGACGAGGACGUUCUCUCUCCUGCUCUUAGCUCGGCAGCUGGAUUUAAUCCAGAUGCUGCUGCUGAACUGAAGAAAACAAAUAAAACCAGUGGAUUCAAA